AAGCAACCUAACCUAGUCCUAGUAUUGUGUGUGUGUUUGGAUCUAACUCAACUCAACUAACUCAUGUGUCCAGUUACAAGCUCCAGAGCCACUCCCUUUCCAAUUUUAGAACUCAUAGUUUAACGAAUAACCGGAUUUACUGGCACCCAAUAUAGCUAUAACCAACCCCUCUCUCUCUCUCUCUCUCUCCCUCUCUCCCUCUCUCUCUCUCUCUCUCCUGUUCAUCUAUCACAACCAACUCCAUUCCCUCUUCUGUACAUACAUUGUCUCUUCCAUCAACCACCCACCUGGAUCAUUCACAUUUCUGGUAAAACUCAAACCCUUCUUUUUGUACAAUUUGGAAUCAAAUGCAGUACUGAUCUGUCCAGAUAAUUCUUGGGUUAUGAAAAAGAUUGUUUUUUUUGGAUGAUAGGAUCUGAAUUUGGUUGUUUCAGUUAUUGAAAUUGGAUGCUUGCUUGAUCAGUUUCUAUUUCAUAAUUUAGUUGGGGGAUGAUUAGUAGGUUUCCUGAUUACAACUUGUUUUAAUGCUUAUGGAAGUGAGCAUAUAUGUUAUGAUUGGUUAUGGUUUUAAUGCUUUCUGGAAAUUUAGGGUCAAAAGGUAGUGUUUCUCUUGGAGGGCUUGUUGAGUUUGGAUAUGAGAGGCCCCUGGUUCAAGAGACUCUUAAGAGUUUCUGGUCCUAGACCCUUUUUAAUCUUAUGUCUUGUUUCUGCUUUUAUACUUAUUGCAUUAUUGGGGCCUUCGGCUUCUGGGGACUUUGGGCGUGUUAAUUCUACUGCAAGACCAGAUAUUUACUCCGGUUAUAGAAGAUUAAAGGAGCAAGCAACUAGCGAUUAUUUGGAACUAAGGUCUCUUUCAUUAGGAGCUAAUCGUCUCAAAGACAUUCCUCUUUGUAAUAAGGAAAGAGAGAAUUUUGUUCCCUGCUAUAAUGUGUCGAGAAAUUUAUUAUUGGGUUUUAAAGACGGGGAGGAGUUUGAUCGUCAUUGUGGUGUAUCGGAUGAUCGCCAAAACUGUUUGAUUCGUCCUCCAAAUAACUAUAAGGCUCCCUUAAGUUGGCCAGCUGGCAGAGAUAUUAUAUGGAGUGCCAAUGUGAAGAUAACCAAAGAUCAGUUUCUUUCUUCUGGAAGCAUGACCAAAAGGUUGAUGUUGCUAGAGGAAAAUCAAAUCGCUUUCCACUCAGAAGAUGGAGUUGUCUUUGAUGGUGUUAAAGAUUACUCACGCCAAAUUGCAGAGAUGAUAGGCUUGGCGAGUGAUGCCGAAUUUCGUCAGGCUGGGGUUCACACUAUAUUAGACAUCGGCUGCGGGUUUGGUAGCUUUGGAGCCCACUUGCUCUCACUUAAGUUGAUGGCUGUCUGUAUGGCAGCAUAUGAGUCAACUGGUAGCCAAGUUCAGUUGGCCCUCGAAAGAGGUCUUCCUGCUGUUAUUGGAAACUUCAUUUCCAAACAGCUUCCAUUUCCAUCUUUGUCGUAUGACAUGGUUCACUGUGCUCAGUGUGGCAUUCUUUGGGAGGACAAAGAUGGCAUGUUCCUUAUAGAAGUUGACCGCCUGUUAAAACCUGGAGGUUACUUUGUCUUGACGUCACCAGCAAACAGAGUACAAGGAGGUUCCAUAAGACGAAUUGAAGUGUUCACACAGAAACUUUGUUGGAUUCUCUUAGCUCAGCAAGACGAGACUUUUGUCUGGCAGAAAACAGCAGAUGCUCAAUGCUAUAGUAGCAAGCAGGAUGCUCUAACUUCUUGUCAAGAAAAACGCGAAAUCCAAUCGUAUUACCCGCCACUAGCAUAUUGCAUAAGUGGGACUACUAGUCAGCGUUGGAUUCCGAUUCAGAAUCGAUCUUCUAGCUUCCCUCUGAGCUCUACUGAAGUUGAAGUUCAUGGCGUGCUUCAUGAAGAAUACCUUGAAGACUUGGAUUAUUGGAAAUCAGUGCUAAAAAAUUACUGGUCUUUGCUUACACCCUUGAUAUUCUCCGAUCAUCCUAAGAGGCCAGGCGAAGAAGAUCCAUUGCCUCCCUAUAACAUGAUAAGGAAUGUGUUAGACAUGAAUGCUCAUUAUGGAGGUCUAAAUGCCGCAUUUCUUGAAGCUAGAAAGUCGGCAUGGGUGAUGAAUGUUGUUCCUAUCAGGGAACGUAAUACACUUCCACUUAUAACUGAUCAAGGCUUUGCUGGUGUAUAUCAUGACUGGUGUGAGCCCUUUCCAACCUAUCCACGGACAUAUGACUUGCUCCAUGCGAAUGGACUCCUCUCACACCUUGAGUCGGAAAGUUGCAGUUUGACAGACCUACUCUUUGAGAUGGACCGUAUACUGCGACCUGAAGGGUGGAUAGUUCUUUCGGAUAAAUUGGGACCUAUAGAGAAGGCUCGCAUGCUUGCUACAGAAAUACGCUGGGAGGCAAGGGUGAUCGAUCUUCAGAAUGGCAGCGACCAACGCCUCCUUGUUUGCCAGAAGCCAUUUGUGAGGAAAUAAUUGUUCAAUCUAAGGAAGGUGCACUUCCUACAGCUCCUUCAGUUCUUUCCCUGCCAAGUGUGGAAGCUGGGCUAGUUAUGGGAUAGCUAAACGCCUGACUAUCCGAAAGUUCAUAUGUGAGCGUAUGCUGGAUAUGACACUCAGCAAUAUUGAAAUUCUUCAAGGCACAGGUGGGAUCUAUAAUGACAUAGUGUAUAAUAAUUACUGAACAACAAAGUCUGGUUUGCCAGUAGAUCAUUUUUUUGCACAGGCCCGCCAUGAUCUUUCAACACAAGGUUUUGCAUAUAUUACAAUUUGAAAUAGAAGUUUGUGAGAAUCUUAGUAUAGGGACAGUUUUGCUUCAGAUAUCGCUGCAAAUAAUUCUCCUCUAGAGGACUUUGUAGCAGUUUCUUUUAUCCAUCCAUUUUCCGCAA